CAAUCACAACUCACAUACGAUACGUUCACCAAUUUACUUGGGCCUAGAUUAAAUAUUGUUCACUUUAUCUUGCGUGGAAUAGUUAUGGGUGGGAGUUUUAUCAUUUUUUUCUAGAGAUUUUCCCAUUCAGUCACAGCUUUGCAGGACAGGACCGAGGAAUGAAGGUUGGAGCUGGCUCAGUUGCCGGGGAAUCGAACUCUUCUCCCAUCGCGAUAAGUGCAUUCAGCUGAUGAGCAGAAGUCACUGCAUGUGGCCCGAGUCGGAGAUAAAACUUUUAUUAUCAUAUGUUCGUUGAGUAUCAUUCAUGUUCAUAAUUGUAUAAUUGUUGAAUCAACGAAAUGUCCGGGAGGCCAUCACAGUCAUCAGAUAUGGACCAGGAUGAGGAGCUGACCGAGGCAGUGUGUCUGGAGUCUGACCUACAAGAUGGACAGAUGAUGGAGGUGAAUGUUGGCCAUUACAGCAUGCUGCUGGCACGCAGUGAGGGCAGAUUCAGCGCCCUUGGCAACCAGUGCACACACUAUGGCGCCCCCCUCAGUAAAGGAGUUCUGUCAGGGAACAGGAUACGAUGCCCAUGGCAUGGAUCUUGCUUCAACGUCCACACAGGAGACCUGGAGGAGUACCCUGGCAUGGACUGUCUACCCUGCUACAAGGUCAAAGUGGAAAACAACAAAGUGUAUGUGUCAAUAAAGAAAAAGGAGCUGCAGCAGAACAAGAGGAUAAAGAUCAUGAGUUGCAGAGUUUCAGGGGUCAUCCACACCAUUUUGUUGUUAGGGGGAGGGGCUGCCUCGUUAGCGUGUGCGGAGACUCUCAGACAAGAAAACUAUGGUGGCCGGAUCGUCAUGGUUACCCGAGACGACCUUCUGCCCUACGACAAGACCCGCCUCAGCAAGGUUAUGAAUGUUCAGAGUGACAGUAUUCUGCUGAGAAGGAUGGAGUUCUAUCACCAGUAUGACAUUGAGGUGUGGCUCAGGAAAGAGGCGUUGUCAUUGGACACGGAGAAGAAAACAGUAACGUUUGAUGAUGGUUCAGUCCAAAACUACGACCAGCUCUUAAUCUCCACGGGCUGCAGAGCGAAGGGUCUGGAUUGUCCAGGGAUGGACCUGAAGAAUGUGAAGAUGCUGGAGACUCCGGAAGACGCCAGGCAGAUCCAUGCUUCCUGUGUAGGCUGUCGCGUCGUCAUUGUGGGCACCUCUUUUAUCGGCAUGGAGGUGGCCUCCUACAUGACAGGCAAGGCCACCAGCAUCACCGUGAUUGGCAGCAGUGAGCUGCCCUACCAGAAGACCCUGGGGCCCGAGAUCGGCAAGAUCACCAUGAUGAUGCUGACAGAGAAGAAGGUGAAGUUCUACAUGAACGACAUGGUCACAGAGGUCCGAGGAGAGGAAGGCAAGGUGAAGGAUGUGGUGCUAAAGAGUGGGAAUGUCAUUCCUGCAGAUGUACUGAUAGUGGGAAUCGGUGUCGUCAACAACUCAGAGGUGCUACAUGGAAGUCGCGUAGCCAUGGACUCCAAGAGCUCCGUCAUCGUGGAUAAGUAUAUGCAGACCAACAUCCCCGGGGUGUUUUGUGGGGGAGACCUGGCCACCUUCCCUCUGGCUAUGGCCAAGGGCCAACGGGUCACCCUUGGACACUGGCAGAUGGCACAAGCACACGGGAGGAUAGCAGCCCUGAACAUGCUGAACAAAGAAACUGAGCUGAACUCUGUCCCCUUCUAUUGGACUGUCUUACUGGGGAAGACAAUCAGAUACACAGGUUAUGGGGAAGGCUACACCGAGUUAGUAGUAAAAGGAAAAGUGGAGGAUUUGAAUUUCUUGGCAUUUUACAUCAAGGAUAACGAGGUCAUAGCUGCAGCCAGUUUGAACUAUGACCCUGCGGUGUCUGUGAUCGCUGAGAGAUUUGUAACAGGAAAGGUCAUCACAAAGAAGGAAGCUCAAUCAGAUGACCUGAGCUGGCUGAAGCUGUCCUGA